GACUCCACUUUUUCAAGGCCGUCAAUCUCAAAUGUAUUUACACACCUAUUCCUAUCUAUCUUGUGGAUUAUUGCCAAGGCCCUAUAUAGAUUGGCCCUAUAGGAUUAUUGCAAUUCAUUUGCAAUUCAGUGGGAUUCAGUGGGAUUUACCUUUCUUCUGCCAGUGUAUUCACUGGAGGCCAUAAAGAACUCAAGUAAUGAUUGAUUAGGAUUGUAUUUUCCCUCUGAUGGUUCUGGCUCUAAAUCAAAAUAGAAUUGCAUCAUCGGUUAGUUUCAAGUUUGUCUGUCUUGGUCAGGAUAUAGGUUAGUUUCAAGUUUGUCUGUCUUGGUCAGGAUAUAUCUUGAUCUUGAUCUAACGGCAUUGACUUGGGAUAAAGCUUUAAAUUGCGAAGCAUUAUUAUUAUUAUAAUUAUUAAAUCGUUUAUUCCACUAACCACAAUCAUGGGUGGGCGUUACAGUGGAAAAUUGCCAAUUCCAACACGUCUGUUCAUGUGGUAAACAGUGAACUGAACUGUUCAUUAUGAAGAUAGUUGUAAAAUCUAGAUGUUGCAGACGGUUUUCAAUCUAAUAGAAAUUAAGAGCUUCCGUUAAAGCUCCGUUAUCUCUUCUCCUCCGUGUAUCUAUGGUAGAAUAAAAGCUAUCAUAAUAAACUGUGUGUGUACUCAUCCACAUCUUUAUAUUACCACAUUUGAAAGAUAGCAACCCGACCUCUGAUGUUUCGUCGGCCGGCGGAGCGCGGGGAUGCGCCUACAGGACUGGAGGCAGAGCUGUCCUCGCUGGCCCUGUCCGACGGGCCGCUAAAUGUGGCGCGUCUGUACGACAACCUCUCGCUCACCAGCUCCGACUGCUCGUCUGACCAGUCCGACGUCAUCUGGCGGCCCGACGGGCGGGACAGCGCCGCCUCCGACAGCACCGUCACCGGCGGCAGCGGGGACUGGACGCAGCCGUCGCCGCGGGUCGGCCGGUGCGGCGGCUACGGCGGCCAUGAGCUCAGCGCCCUGCCAGAGGACAGCGGGAGGGGCGUCGCUCCGCGCUCUCCGCUCUCCGAUGACGCCGGCAGCGUGGUGUCGCGCUGGUCCGACUUCGUCUCGGACGACGAGGAGUACAUGACAGCUGAGGAGGGCGGCUCGGUCGGCCCGCCGCCGACGGUGGCGCUGCGGCGUCGGCUGUGCGAGCUCGGCGACGACCCGGGCCCGGUGACCAGCAGCACCGUGGAGCUCUACCGCCGCCGACUGGCCCGGCUCGAGGCGCGCACGGCACACUUCUCACCGGAGCUGGAUGCCGCUCUGGCCGGCGCCGCGCCGCCGCCGGCACCGGCACUCGAGGGGGACGCGUUCGGGCCGACUGGCGCUGCUGUCACGCGGCGCUCGUGCUUCAACUACCUGCUGCUGGAUCCGCGCGUCACCGGCCGGCGGCCGGACGGCGCCCAGCUCUCGCUGGCGGCCUUCGCGGCGGCCGUGUUUUACGUGGGCAAGGGCCAGCAGAGCCGGCCGCUGUGCCACCUGCGCGAGGCCGCUGAGGCCGGCCCGGCGGGCAGCGCCAAGGUGGCGCACAUCCGCGCCAUCUGGCGGACCGGCGCCGGCGUGGCGGUACUCAGCGUGUUCCACCACCGUCCCAACGCCGAGGCGCUCACCCGAGAGGCGGCCAUGAUCGACGCGCUGGGUCUGCGAAACCUGACCAACGUGCGGCGCGGCGACUACUACGGCGCGGCCAAGGCGUGGCCGGCCGAGCGGCGGCGCCGGCUGGGUGUGGCGCUGCUGCACCGCGCUUGGCGCAUCUACGGCGCCGAGGGCGAGACCCAGCUGCGGCCCGAGGACCUGGGAAGGUGAGACGGCGGGGCGGAGAGCACACCGCCCUGGAGACGUGAACAACAGUCGUCAGGAACAGUUCGUUACCCAGCCCUACAGUGGACGUGACGAACAGUCGUCUGCUUUAAUACGGCCCGCCGGAAAAGCACACAGCGGUGCUGAGUGAACCGGGCGACAAAGGACCGGCGCACGGUGUGUGCCGUGAUGCCUAAGGAAAUUAUCUCUGUGAUAAUUGACCUGGAAUAGCUUGUCAGUCACACAUAUCAGCUGUCAGGGGACGAGGGUGUAGAGCGGUGAUUCAGCUUCAUAUUUCUGACCCAGCUUUUGCCCGGUUAAUCUACCACUAGCGGUAUUACGGGCAUGACCAUUUGUGGUCAGUGAUCUCGUUGACACAAACCACCGUAAAAUCAGCUUUAUGUGGUGUUGGGACCAGUAAACGUCCCACCUAAGUGUGGAAUUGACAUAAAUGUUAUUAAUUUAUGGCGACCUUUGCUAGUUGUACGCUAGUGGUACACAAAUGUGUCGCAGAUUUUCAUGCAUGCUUUACUUGACACAAUUGAGCCGAGGGGCUCCUAAGCGACUAGUUAGUGGAACGUAUUAGCGCAUUUUGGUUGACCCGUGCAUUUCAUAUCAGCCGCAAUUCAAAUCUCGUGAAUCGGCGGUAUCCUUUGCUGCGAGCUUAUUUCGCAUUUGCCAGCGCCAAUGUGUCGCAUCUGCCGUCCAUGCCGUGGCGAGCCAGCAGUGCGCCGUGUGUGCUGUUGUGUUUUGUAAUCGCGUACAUCUUCGCUUGCACAACCAAUAAAUGUGCCUUAUCCGA